AUGGCCGCGGAUCCGACUCCGAGCAAGGCUGCUCUCUCCCUGCUCGACAACAUCGCGCAACUGAGCAAUGGCUUCAAAAAUGGCGAAAGCGGCGCAAGAGAAGGAUUACUGGACGCAUGCCGUAGCCUCAUCUCAGAAGUCAGCCAUCCAUCCGAAAACAUGCUACAAAUACUCUGGGCGCAACCCGCCCACCUCUCCACCCUCUGGAUGGCCGUCGAAGUAAAGCUCUUCCAAGCCAUGCGCUCCGUUCCAGACUCCGGAGCCAGCAGUCUAGAUAUCGCAAAAAAAUGCGACAAAAACGUCGACCCCGUCAUCGUCGCACGCAUGCUGCGGCACCUCGCCGCCAUGGGCACGGUGCGCGAAACAGGUCCUGAUACCUUUGCCAAUACACCCACCUCAUCUGCCUUCGCAGAGCAAUCAUACCAAGACUCCAUUUUGUACAUUGCCGAAGAUUUUCAACCCGUACAUCACUCUAUGAAAUCGUAUUUCGAACAGAGGGACUGGAAGUGUCCGGACUCGGGGCUUGACGCGCCGUUCCAGCAUACUUACAAUUGUAAGGGGAGCCAUUACUUUGAGUAUUUUCAGCAGAAUCCGGAGAUGGGGAGAAGGUUUGCUAGUAUGAUGGGGAGUUGGAGUAAAGGAAGGCCGAGGUGGUUUGCGGAGGACUACUACCCUGUGCAAGAGAGGUUGAUUAGUGGAGCGGAGAAGGACAAGCCUUUCCUUGUUGAUGUUGGUGGUGGGUCUGGACAUGAUAUUGAGGGGCUGAGGGAGGCGUUCGGGGGCCAGCUACCAGGUGGGCUGGUAUUGCAGGACAGGCCUGAGAUCGUUGAGCUUGCGAAACUUGGGCCUGGUGCUGAAGCGAUGCCACACGACUUCAUGACGGAGCAGCCUGUCAAAGGUGCAAGGGCGUAUUAUCUACAUUCCAUCAUCCAAGACUGGAACGACGAGGUCAACACGGAGAUCUUGAAAGCGAUCGUGCCGGCCAUGACGAAGGGGUAUUCCAAGGUUCUCGUUAACGAUUUCGUGGUGCCGGAUCAAGGCGCACAUUGGGUGCAGAGUAAGUUCUUCGCCUUCUCUAGUGUGAGAGUGUGA